AUGAAGUUCACCGGCAUUCUCGACCUAUUCCUCACCGUUGGGGUCUACGUCGCCGCGGUUCCCCUGCCGGGGACCCAGGCGUCCCGAAUCCCGCCAUCCGUAGCGUCCAUACGGAGGAAAUCAACCUCGGGGACGGAGCCUCCGAGUCUAAGAGAGACUCGACAGGCCCUGAUGGCGUAUCCUGCUCCGCCGAGGAGGUAG